AUGGGCAACCGCUCCUCCAGUCACUAUCUGCCACCACCUACAUGGACCCAUGGUCCUUAUCCAGCCUAUGCAACGUCUUCUAUGCCCUACGAUGGUAAACGAAUUCUCACUGGGCCACCGCCUGGUGCCUUCGCUGAAUCCUAUGUACCACAUCCAAAUCUCAGGCGCUCCAUGAUCAGUCUGAAUGCUGAUUCGGGCUAUCUUACGAGCCCGAGCGACUCGGAGCGUAUGCGUAUGCGUGGUUCACGGUUGUCGUUGAACCAUUUAGACUUCGAACAUCAGCAGCAAUUGGUAUUUCCACCUGAUCUUAAGACAAUGAAGAAGCUUGAAAAAAUGGAAAAGAAGCAGCAGAAGCUACUGAAGAAGAUCGGUGGUCGUCCAAUGCCUCCACCACCUCCUCAAGCGAUGUUCAUUCAACCGAGGCCGAUGCCACCUCCACCUCAGUAUAGUAGAGCGAUGUCCUUUGACGAUCUUCACAGGAGAUCUCGUCAACGCCGUCUUUACGAUGUUUUAAUGGCCUACUAUAAACCACCCAUCUCUAACUGGAAAGCCAUUAUUCAGGUUAACGCGUUUAGGGCUAUGCUCACGGGGACGGAAAAACUCGCUUUGCUAAGAUUCCAAGGGUGA